AUGAGGAGGGUGUGGAGAUCGGGACAGGAGAAGAUUGAUUUGAGGAAAUCCAUGGUUUUGUCACUGCUGGCGGACCAGAAGCCAUCGAUGAGGGCGUCGGUCAACAACUUAAGCCCUCGUUGGAGUCGUCAUCGCCGCCAGAAACCUGCAGCUCCUCUGGCACCACCACAUAUCAGUGUCAGCAUCAACUCCUCUGGCACAACCACCUGUCACCGCAAACACAUUCCUAUUCAUUUUCCCCAAUUUUCUUCUACUUUCGUCUCCCUCUUCUCACCCAUUCCCAACAACCAUCCAAAACCCCAAACCGGUGAACCAAAAUCAGACCCCAAACCACCAUCAUGUAUCUUCAUUAUCCCCCUUUGUCUUAAGAAUACCACCGACCAACGAGGCUACCAAUUUCAAUCUAUCACGAGUUCACGACAUCUCACUGCAAACGAAAUCAGCUCAACUGAAGAAACAUCUACAACAACAAUCACGUCCUUCUCCGCUGCCGUCACCGUCACCGUCACCAUCGCCGGGUGUCAUCCUCGUCGGCACCGGCAAUGGCUAGUCCAUCUACUACUGCGACCUCCUUCUCUUCGCGUGUUCGCCGCCGCCACCAAAGGAGUCAUUUGCACGCCGUUACAAGUUCCUUUGGCCUCUUCUCCUCGCCGUCAAUUUUUCCAUCGGAGCUUACCUUUUCAUGAGAACAAAGAAGAAGGAGAUCAUAGAGGAAGAGGUGACAGCUGUCACUUCUACUCCCACAUCUUUGGUUUCAACUGCUUCAGUCAGCGAUCCAUCGCCAGCUGUCAUGGAACUAGUGAAACCACGUGA